CUGCCACUUAAAUUAUACAUACUCUAUAAACUAACCUCUCUCUUUUGUCAAACCAAAGAUAAAGAGUUUUUUUUGUUUGAAGAAAAUGGCUACCGCAGCUGACAACAACAACAAAAACCCAGCUCUGGACCCGGAUACGGAUACUCCGAACGACCAGGGCCACGAGUUUGCUCAAUUCGGAGCCGGGUGUUUCUGGAGCGUGGAGCUUGCGUUUCAGCGAGUGGCUGGAGUGGUGAAGACUGAGGUUGGGUAUUCUCAGGGUCACGUGCCGGAUCCGAAUUACAAGCUGGUGUGCACCGGAACCACGAACCACGUGGAGGUGGUGCGGGUCCAGUUCGACCCGAAAGUUUGCCCGUACACCAAUCUUUUCUCUCUCUUUUGGUCUCGCCAUGAUCCUACAACCCCCAAUCGCCAGGGUGGUGAUGUGGGCUCACAAUAUCGAUCUGGAAUAUACUACUACAAUGAGACCCAGGCUCGAUUAGCUCAGGAAUCAAAGGAAGCUAAGCAGUUGGAAUUGAAGGACAAGACGAUUGUGACAGAAAUUCUUCCCGCAAAGAAGUUUUACAGAGCUGAGGAGUAUCAUCAACAAUAUCUGGAGAAGGGAGGACGCGGAGGCGCAAAACAAUCUGCUGAAAAGGGCUGCAAUGACCCCAUCAGAUGCUAUGGUUGACAAAUAAUGUUUGAUGCUAUGGUCAAAAUCCUAUGUUGGAGUUCUUGCUUCGAACAUCUGGUUUGGUUUCUAAAAUGCUGCCAAAUAUUGGUAUUGUACUUUACCCUUUUUAUAUAUUGAACACAUUGUGUUAUAUGUUGAAUGCAUUAUAGUUUACCAAUAAAAAACGGAUUCUAGUAAUAUUA